AUGGCGACUCAUAUCGAAGGCGGCAGGCGAAUAUCUCCCCACGGGGAACUCAGGCCGCAUCCUCAAGUCCUAGAAACAAUGAUGGACGAGCUAGAGGAUAAGGUGCGCCACUAUUUCUUAUUGUAUGUCAAAGAGAGAAAGCGGAGGCAAAAAUGUGAGAAGUUCAGCUAUUGGAUGCAGCAAGAGAUGGCUGAAAAUCAGCGCCUUCUCGUGGAUAGCCAGGAGUAUGUGAACUCCCUAGAAGCCAAGUUCGAGGAAAUAAGGGGAGAUCCAGAUGCUGUAAGAGACACCGUCCAGCGCGUGGAUCUGAUGUAUGCACAGAUCGACACCUUGAUUCAAGCCUUUGCAGGAGUUUGCAGCUUCGUAGCUACCCGAGAUGCAGAUCGUCCAACCAUCCUUCAGUGUGUACUGGAUUACCUUUACCCAUGUAGAUCUCUGGACCCCCGACUAAACGCCCUGUAUGGCGCACUUUACUACUACCGGCUAGGCGAGUACAAGGGCCUUCCAGAUCAGCCCCCUCCACCUCCCGAGCCAAAGUUCAUCCCAAUGCACGAAGUCAUGGGUCCAUGGAUUCAGCCUACGCCGUUCACGCCUCAUCCUACCCCUCCAGUGCAUGCAACGAAGUUCGAUGCUGGACUGGCGGCAACCAUUGAGGCAUCCAAAGCCCCAGAGGUCACCAAAGCAGACUCUAAGCCCAAAGGACUAGCUGUCGACGGCCAAAAGGCCAAGGAAGCCUCUCUUGGCUUGGUUACUCGUGCAGAAGCCGGGGCAGCUGGAGUGAAGGCUGCAACAGGCCCGCGAAGCAAGGCAUCUCUUCCUCAACAAGCAGCAGAUGCCUCUGCGGACGUGGAGCUAAAGGGAAUGUCUAUCCUUCUGGAAGAGCUCACUGGAUUCAAGAGACCAGCGAUGUCGCGAGGGGUUGGCGUAAAACUGGUGGUCAGAUUUGAUCAUGAGAGUGCAGUAGAAAUGAAGAAGAAGCCGGAUCGCUGCGUCGUUAUUGACAAGUGCGACGGGUCAGCUGGUAAUGAAAGUGCAUCCGUGUAUUUCUUGGCCGAAUUGUCACCAAUGCCCCCGAAGAAGCCUGGAAUUCUUCCCAAGAUUUACAUAGACGUAUUCGACGAAAAAUCGCCAAAUGGACUUGGGAAUGCGCAAAAAACGAUCUCUGAGGCUGAUACCAUAAAGAAGAGUGCUCCAUGGCAGAUUAAAGACACACGAGGAGCUGUACUAGGCUCUAUCUCUGUCUCUAUCGCCCCAGUGCCUCUCAACGCAAUGCUACCAGCCCAAGCAAGGAAGGCCACUGGAAAGGUUGCUGGUGGUGGCUCCGCUAGCAAUCGCCAGAUUUAUCACUGUGGCUGAUCUGUGGAUUGCUUCUCUAAAUUCUCAGAAGGAGCUCUCAAAAAAGGGGAAAAGGCAGAGCCCCAAAAGCCAGACGUCCCGAAAUCUGUAUCGACGUCAGGCGUGGGUGCAAAGCCUGAACUGCCCAAACCUGCUGUUUCUGUGUCUAAGCCACCACUGCCUACAAGUCCUACCUCACCCGCAAAGCCCGAUCUACCCAAGCCAGGUGCCCCUGUUACGAAGCCGGAGCUCCCUAAACCUGGGUUAGCGGCCAAACCAGACAUUCCUAAACCGGCAUUGGGGGCUAAACCCGAUCUUCCAAAGCCUGGAGCAUUGGGAGCUAAGCCUGAUCUUCCAAAGCCGGGGAUUACUGAGAUCAAGAAGCCAGACAUACCCAAACCUGGCCUGGGCCUUACUAAGCCUGACCUCUCCAAACCAGAAAGCGUGCCGUCAAAGCCAGGAUUGUCGAAGCCUGGAGCCGCUGCCGAGAAGCCAGGACCACCAAAGCCAGAAGGAGUGCCGGGGGCUGCAGAUGGUCCUGGUGCAAAGCCUGACUCCACAAAAACAGCUACAGGGGGCCCCGGUGCAAAAGAUAUCAAGGCUGCAGGACCCCCAAAACCCGCUGAUACUGAUGGAAAAUCAAAGGGUGGCCCUGCCGCUCCUGCUAAAGGAGAAGCCCCAGCGAAGCCAGGUUUAGGUACACCACAGCCUAAGGCAGAUGUUAAGAAGAGUCUUUUAGGCACGGCAGGAGGCGCUCCAAAGCCUGGAUUAGAUGCGAAACCGCAACUUGGGGCUAAGCCGAAUCUUGCAGCUAAGCCAGCACUGGCGAAGCCUGACUUGGGGGCCAAGCCUGCCCUCAAAAAGCCUGACCUGGGAGCAAAGCCUGCUGUGGCCAAGCCAGCUCUAGCAGCGAAGCCAGGAUUAGCCAAACCAGCACUAGCGAAGCCCGCCGUCCCAGCAAAGCCAAUGCUGGCGCUUGCUAAAGGCCCAGCCAAGCCAGCCACUCCAGCGAAGCCCAUGCUGGCACUUGCUAAAGGUUCCCCAGCUGGAAAGCCAGCUUUAGAAGCAAAGCCUGCGCUAGGAGCCAAGCCGGCUACCCCCGCGAAGCCGGCUCUUUCCAAACCCGGAAUGCCGCCUGCGAAGGCUGGUCUUGGCAAAGCUCCGUAG